AAUUGUCAAAAAACGUCAACAAUCUCCACCGACUCGGCAAUUAUUGUUAUCAUCAUCAGUAUUGUGCUACAUAUUUUUAGUGAAAUUUACAAUCAAUUGCAGUUUUACCUUCUUACAAAAUAAUGCUCUCGUGGCAUCAGAUGUACGAUAAAGACUAGCAAAACAUGGGAUUUCUCGAAGAUACCAUCAUUAUUCUGGUGUCGCAGGUUUGUUUCUUCAUCGGAGGAUGGAUUUUCUUCGUAAAACAAUUGUUCCGGAAUUACGAGAUCCGACAUGUAUUCGUGCAAUUGGUUUUCUCUACUACAUUCGCUCUAUCGCUGACAAUGUUCGAGUUGAUUAUAUUCGAGAUUAUCGGUUUCCUGGAUUCUAGUUCCCGAUACUUUCACUGGCGGCUUGGAUUGACUCUAUUGUUGUUUAUGGUAAUUGCGUUGAUUCCAUUUCAUAUAGUGUACUCCUGCAUAAAUAAUAUUCUGAUUGUUCCACAAAAAUGGGUCCAACCUCUAACGACUAUGUUUUGGUUCUGCUACCUCUACGUUUUCUGGCGAAUCGGAGAUCCUUUUCCGUUGCUUAGUGUAAACAAAGGAAUUUUCACUAUUGAACAAGCUGUUUCUAGAAUAGGCGUAGUUGGUGUGACCGUCAUGGCGGUUCUGUCCGGGUUUGGUGCUGUUAACUACCCAUACACUAGCAUGUCUUAUUUCAUUAGACCAGUUUCGCAGAGUGAUGUGGCAAACAUCGAGCGACGGCUUAUGCAAACCAUGGACAUGAUACUGGUAAAGAAGAAACGAAUUGCACUAGACCGAAGGAGAGCGAAGCCCAAUGCCAGACCCGGUAUAUGGGGCAUGAUUAGCAGUGUGACUCAGAGGCCACCGGGUGCGGAAAAUAUCGGACAGCUCAGACUGGAAAUUUCAGCAUUGGAAGAAUUGUCAAGGCAAUUGUUUCUUGAAGCUCACUCACUGAAAAAUAUGCAAGAGCGAGAAAGAUGGGCAGCCACUUUACAAGGCAAAUAUUUCAACGUUCUGGGUCAUUUCUUCAGUUUAUACUGUUUGUGGAAAAUAUUUAUAUGUACCAUCAAUAUAAUUUUCGAUCGCGUAGGCAAAAAAGAUCCUGUCACACGUGGAAUUGAAAUUGCUGUUAAUUGGUGCGGUUUCGAGAUGGAUAUUGCCUUUUGGAGUCAGCAUGUAUCAUUUAUGUUAGUUGGUUGUAUCGUUGUUACAUCUAUCCGAGGUCUGCUGCUAACACUAACAAAGUUUUUUUACAAGAUAUCUUCGAGCAAAUCUUCCAAUAUUAUUGUGCUAGUGCUGGCGCAAAUUAUGGGCAUGUAUUUCUGCUCGUCUGUACUGUUGAUGCGAAUGAACAUGCCGGCAGAGUAUAGGGUCAUAAUCACUGAGGUACUCGGAGGUUUACAUUUCAACUUCUAUCACCGCUGGUUCGACGUAAUCUUUCUGGUGAGCGCCCUGACAACGAUAGUUAUACUCUAUCUGCUUCACAAACCACCGAACGUAGAUACAAGCAUGUAACAGGUACGUAGGAUUAGCAUUUAACCUGAGUUAACUGUGGAGCAAAUAAUCAAACGGACAAAGUGAAUAAUAUCAAACAAGUGCAUGUAAUUUUGGAAAAAAAACUUUAUAGGAGCUAGAAUAACGAAAAGCAAAUUCCAGAUAAUUUAUCAAUUGUUUCCGUUGUUCGGUUGGUUCGAUUCAUUGUGAUUCUUGUUUAUUUUUUAAUAUAAGAGAACUAGUAAUCCUAAAAAAAAAGCAAUCUCUAUUUUUCGUCAGAGUGCGAGUGUGUGACGUACUAUAUAAAAACAGUUUGCUCAUUGUGUCGUUGAAUGAGGACAAGCAGAUAGCGGAAUGUACAUAAUCCUUUUAUAAUUACUAAGAACGAUGUAUAAAUGCUAUUAGAUCAGUAUGCAAUGAAUUUACAGAUACAAGUAUAGCUAUGCGAGUCGGAAUAAAUGCGCCCAAAAUCAACUAAGUUAA